GCAUCUUUGAAUUGUUUCUCUUAAACAUACAAUUGUAUAGACUACGUAUCUAUUAUGUAUACACAGGCUAGAGUGUGUAUAUCACUUUUUGUUCAGUUAUAUGUACAAUUUUUUGUAUAUACUUCACAUUGAUGACAAUACAAUUUUUCAUGUACUCCCUAGUUCAAGUGUACACCAUUUUAUUGUAAGCAUAUUUUAUUAGUGGGUUGCACAAGUUUAUAAUUACAAGGCAAACCAUGCACGUACACAAAUCCACUCAUCACACUAGGCAACCCAAACACAUGUGUUUGGGAAAAUCACAUAUUCAUAUAUAGGAUGUAACAAAUAAACAACACAAAUGUAACUAGAGAGUGGUAAAUGGUAAACAUUUGGGAAAGUUAAAGGUUACAUCCAGGGGCGUAGACAGGGAGUGGCCAUCCCUGGCCAUGGCCCAGCCCAAAUUUCAAAAAUGUCUAAAUUUUUAGGGUAAAAAAUUCCGAGUAAAUUUUUUUUUCAAAAAUAUUCUUUGUACUGGCCCAGUGUCCUGGCUCCGCCCCUGGUUACAUCUGAACUUCUUUGUGUUUGCAAAUCUGAUAUUAUAAAACACUUCACAUUUUUUAGAUCUGAAAUACGUGACGCCUUAGCAUGUGGGAGAUGAUCGAAGUAAUGGAUCAGUGACUUCACACCUUAGCAUGUUUUGGUGAGAGAUUGAUUUUACAUCCAUUCAACCAUAGAGUUCUAUAAAAGGACACUAACAUAAGUUAUGGGGCAACUAAAAAGAGAAAAGAGGUGAGAUGGGACAUACAAAGAUGUAGAGAACGGGAACGCCAUAAAUGAGAGGAAUCCUUCUUGGUGUACACCCUGGGUUACACCCUGGAGUACACCACAUUCACACAGACAAAAAACAUAAAAAUACAGACACUUUCGAUUAACUUGUCGGUGUGAGUUUGCAGAUCUGAUGGAUCUGCUAGGCAGGUUGCACGAAAAUCAAUGUCAGUGUGCACAGACACUAGUUGUCUAUGUAAACAAAAAAGUGUCGGUGUGAACAAAAUUGGUUUGCAAGUUCAGGGGGUUGGGAAACCAGUGUCGGUGUACACAGACAUUAGUUGUCUGUGUAGAAAAAAGUGUUUGUACAUAUACAAUUUUCAUCGGUGUGCACAGACAUUAGUUGUCUGUGUAGAAACAAAAGUGUUUGUACGUAUGCAAUUUUCGUCGGUGUACACAGACACUGAAAGCAAACCAAUGUCGGUGUGCAUAAAACGUAAAAAGAGAGAAGGAAAGAAAAAGAAGAUGAUGAACAACAAUGAUUCAAGAGAGUGGAAAGAAAAAGGGAGAAGGAAAGAAAAAGAAGGAGAAGAUGAUGAAGGAGAAAGGAAGAAAGAAAGAACAAGAUGAAGAAGAAGAAGAAGAAGAAGAAGAAAAGAGGGGGAGGGGGUUCGUAUGGUGCAAAAUGGAGAGAAGGGGAGAGUGGAGAGAGAAGGGAGAGAAAAAAGUGGGAAGGGAAG